AGAAAUUCAAGUUUAGUUUGUUCGCGGAGUUUGCGAAACAAAGAUCAUGUAUUUUUUUUCAACAAUUAUCCUUAACACUUUUAAUCGACGGUUUAUAGUUGGAAUUUCGAAAAUUAUGGAUUACUUCUAAAUACAGAUAUAUAACAAGAAACUAUAGUCUCAAAUCAUAAGAUGCUGGAUUAUUGGAUGAGGAACAAUGACACUGAAUUCAAUUACAGUGAAUUUAAAAUCAAAGAAGUCAUCGAAGAUCCGGGUUCUGCCAUUUUAUUUGGUGGUUAUCCCCCUUGGCUUUUAUAUUUUGCAGCGAGUUGCUGUAUGUUAUUUAUGUUAAUUGGUAUCCCUGGAAAUUUGAUCACAGUGGCAGCACUUUUUCGUACAAAAAAGUUAAGAAAUGCAACAGCAGUUUUUAUAAUGAACUUAUCAGUGUCGGAUCUCAUGUUCUGCUGCUUUAAUUUACCUUUAGCUACAUCGACAUUUUGGCACAGUGCCUGGUUACAUGGUCCUUUACUCUGUCGACUAUUUCCAUUAUUGAGAUAUGGAUUAGUCGCUGUCAGUCUCUUCACUGUUCUCGCAAUCACAAUCAACAGAUACGUGAUGAUCGGUCAUCCGAGACUCUACCCCAAACUGUAUAAAUCAAAAUAUCUUACAUUAAUGGUACUGGCAACCUGGACCUCGGGUUUUGGUGCAUUAAUUGCAACAUGGUUUGAAAGAUGGGGUCGAUUUGGACUCGAUCCAGAAAUUGGAUCCUGCUCAAUUCUUCCCGACGUCAAUGGUCGUAGUCCUAAGGAAUUUCUUUUUAUUCUUGCAUUUCUUGCACCUUGCGUUGCAAUUGUUGUUUGUUAUGCGAGAAUUUUUUAUAUCGUCAGAAACACUGCCAUUAAAAGCAGAAGAAGAGAUAAAGCUGCCAUUGAUCUCGUCAAAGCAAGUUUGGAUGUUAAUAUAAAAUGUACAAAAACAUUUGAGGAUUCUGCAAUUGGCUCAAGUUUUGGACCAACAUGCACAACUGGCAAUGGUGAUUCAUCACUAAAAAGUAGUGAAAAAAAUUAUAAAUUAAAUUCAUCAAAUCAAAAAUAUUCCGAAACUUUGAGCAUUUCCAAAAUUUCUGAUCAAGAAUCGGCACAAUUUUCUUGUAGUAGUCUAAAAAAUAUUGAAGAAAGUCCAAUAUUAAAUUUAAAUAAUCAUUUUCGAGCAAGACGAUUCACAGUUCCUGAAUUAAGAAUACAAUAUCAAAAUUCAAUAUCAAUUAAUGAAGGAAAAUCGAUUACUCCAAUUGACAUUGAAAAUAUUCAAUUUAUCGAUAGUGGACAAAAUUAUGACGAUAUAACUCAUUAUACAACAAUAAUUGAUAAUUCAAAAAAUGUUGAAAAAAAUUUUUCCAAAAAUGAAAUUUUAAAAUCAAAAAUUGCAUUUGGACAAAAUUCAAAAUCAGAUUCAAAUUUUUUAACAAGAGAAAUUUUUGACAAAGAUAUUGAUAAAAAUUGUGAAAUUAAUUUAAAAUUUUCCAACGUACAUAAUAAUCUUCGAAAGCCAAAAAAUGUUAAUCAACAUUCAUCAGAAAAUUUAUUGAGUCCUCGUGUAAAAAAAUAUGAUGAUAUUUCUGAGGAUUUUACAAGUUCAAGAUCAGAAUCACCAUCAUUAGAAAGACGUAGUGAAAGAAAAGUCAGUAUUUUUAGAAGGGAAUCAAGAUUUCGAAGUAUUAGAGAUAAUGUUGUUGUUGAUGUGGAAAAAUUAUCGACAAAAGAUAAAAAAUUGUUAAAAAUGAUUUUAGUAAUUUUCAUCUCAUUUCUUGUUUGUUAUCUUCCAAUAACAAUAACAAAAACAUUUAAGGAUGUCAUUGAUUGGCGGGGAUUUAAUAUUGUUGGUUAUAUUUUAAUUUAUUUAACAACUUGCAUUAAUCCUGUGAUUUAUGUUAUAAUGAGUUCAGAAUAUAGAAGUGCUUAUAAAAAUGUUUUACUUUGCAGAAAUGAAAAUUCAUCAUCGCAAUCGGGAAAAAAUUCUCAUAAGAAGAAGAAAAAUUUCAGAAAUAAAUAGAAUCAUUUGGAUUUUUUUCAAAAACCAUUUUUUUUUAAUAAUAAAAAAUAAUAAAAAUUCAUUUUUAUAAUAUUAAUAAAUUCAUUUUGGUUUUAAUAACAAAAUUUAAAUUUUCUAAAAAUAUUUAAAAUUAAGUGAGUCAAUAUUUAUUUACGAAAAUAAAUUUAGUUCCCCGGGACCAGGAAAAUAAAUAAAAAAGCAGUGAACUAAGUUUGAUUAAUUUCUAUAAUUAAUUAUUAUAAACUAUUAUACUGACAAUAUUAUUUAUUUUUUUUAAUUUUACAUGAAAAUAAUAUUUUAUAAUUUGUUACAAAAUAAUAAAAAAGGGUUAAUAAAUAUUAAAACAAAUAUAUUUAAUUUUUAGAAUUGUAAUUUUAUUCCAAUAUUAUAGCAGUACAUUUGUUCUCUCGUUUCUUAUUUAAAUUUUAUUCAAAAAAAAAAAUAAAUAAAUAAAUAAAAUUAUUCUAAUAACAAAUAUAGCGUUUUAUAGUGCUUCGUUGUUUCGUAAAUAUUGCAUGGAAAAUUAUUGCGAAUACAUAAGUUGCAAAAAACUAUUAACUUUGCACUCAAAAAAAAAAAAAAAAAUUAUUUUUAUUUAAUUGAACAUGAUUUUAGAUAAUAAGAAAUUAUUUUUAUAUAAUUAUUAUUUUUAUAAACCAAUUUAAUUUGUUCAAUCGUAAUGACUAUUUAUCAUUUAUCGAUUUAAUCUAAAAUUAUCCGCAAAUGUUUUUUUUUUAUU